AUGGAGCAUAUUGAGCAUGAGACGAUGAUCGGUGAGGCCCUGACAGAUUCCGUCAACGCUGACGAAGAACAGAUCCUAGAUCCCAAUGCAAGCGAGCACAAGCUUGAGCUACUCUACGGACAGAUGGCGAACAUUCUCUUGCAGCUUUCUACCUUAACAUUCUCUAGAAUUGGAUCUCUGGUUGAGCACGAAGAUGGCCACACAACAAUUUCGGUCGAAGAUGAGGACGAUGCUCGGGACAAAUACGUCGCUCGCCAGCUUUUCCGGCAGCUCGCAUCUGACGGGCGACUUAUGUCUGAAGCUGAGCCUGAGGAAAACAGCAAGAGUCUAUCCAGAUAUCUGAUAUACUCCUCUGAUUUUCGUCCUUCAAACGUCUUGGUUGACAAAGAUCUCCGUGUACUAUCAGGAACGGCUCAGUCGUCUCACAUCAAGAGAAAAGGAAACCAUGGACGAAAAUGCCAAGAUGAAGAUGGAGGGGGUUAA